AUGGAUCAGAAACCUAGCAAAUCUAUCCAUCGCGCUAAUCGGACUCGUUCUAUCGCCGGCGCUGCAUCCUCCUCUUCCCCGCUAGAUCCAGACAUGGACCGGAAAGUCUACAUUCCGCUCUGCUUCUGUCUGAUCUCCUUUGCGGUGAUGGUCUAUGUCAACUGA